AUGCUUUCAAGUGGUUUCCGAUGUGUUGCACACUGUCGAGCAUCGUUGCUUGGGUCGAUGAGAGCCAUGUCUUCAAGCACUAGUUCGUCACCGUUGAUUAAAAAAGAGCUGCAUUCCGAUGACAAAAUUGUCCGUUUAGUUUUGAACGACUCUAAGAGAAGGAAUGCGUUAUCGUUUGAAAUGAUUGAAGGCCUUCAUGCCGAACUAGAAACAGUUGGAAAAAACAAGAAACACCAUGCAGUCAUUUUGGCCGCGGAAGGUCCGGCUUUUUCUUCUGGGCAUGACCUAAAACAGUUGAGGUGGGAAGUUGGAGCCAAGAAGAUUCAGGAAACGUUCAGAAAGUGCUCUGACCUGAUGCUGCUGGUUCAAAAUAUCGAAAUUCCCGUUAUUGCAGAGGUCAAUGGUAUUGCUGCGGCUGCAGGGUGUCAGCUAGUUACUUCCUGUGAUAUCGCGGUAGCUGGAAAAAGUUCUAAAUUUUCAGUUCCCGGAGCAAAAAUUGGUCUUUUUUGCUCUACUCCCGGAAUACCUUUGGCAAGGACAAUACCUCGUAAAAUUGCUCUUGAGAUGUUGUGCACAGGCGACUAUAUCGAUGCUGAAAAAGCCUUGUGUGCUGGUCUUGUAUCUCGGGUUGUUGACGACAGCAAAGUAGCCGACGAAGCCAUGAAGGUAGCGGAAAAAAUCGCUUCACUGAGUCGACCAGUGAUUGCAAUUGGAAAAAAAUUUUUCUAUUCACAGGUUGAACUACCUGUACAUGAUGCAUACCGGUCAGUUAAUUCUCAGAAUGUUUUGGAUUUUGAAAAAAAUAGCUUUAAAAUUGUUAACACUAAAUAA